CUUAGUAGAACUGUGUUCUAGUUGGCAGGCGUACCUCUGUGGGCUGGACUAAACCUUUUUCUUUGAAUUGUAGGAGCUCGGAAUUGGAAAGCUGUUCACAUUGAUUCAUCCUAACGGUAGACCAAGACUUGAUUCACCUCACUGUUCAUAGAGGAUCCAAAUACAAAGAUUUAAUGGAUCGAGCAAAUCACAUGCAGUCUGGAGAGGAAACAUUCGUCCUUUUUGGUGCUUUGAACGAUGCUGCUGUCAGGGCGAUGUUCCGUGUCCGUCAGAGGGUUGUGCAGAGCGCUGUCUUGCUCUCCGUGCUGGUGCUGCUUCUCUGGCUCUCCACCUUUUUAUAUGGGAGCUUCUACUACUCCUACAUGCCUUUGGCGGCUUAUUCCACACCGGUGCACUACUACUACAGGACAGACUGUGACUCUCCAAAGUCUUUUAGGUGCUCGUAUCCCGUGGCCAACGUCUCCCUGAUGAGAAACAACAUGCCUGUGUUGACAUUCGGCCAGGCCUAUCAAAUGACUCUCCAACUGGACAUGCCUGAUUCCGAGACCAACCAGGAGCUCGGGAUGUUCAUGAUCAGGACAACCUGCUUCUCGCGUGACGGAGGCCAAGUGGCGACGUCCGCUCGUUCCGCAAGGCAACUCCCGUCUGCCACCAGCUCUCGCUUUAGUAUGCUGCGGUACCAGUCUAACCUUCUGAGGACCAUGUCAACACUGCUGUUCUUCCCGGUGUUCCUGGGUGGAGUUGUUGAGCAGAAGCAAGUAUUAGCGGUGGAACUCUUCUCGGAAUACACAGACGACCCAUACUCCCCCUCGGCCACAGCCAUCAUCGAGAUUCUAUCCAGCAAGGUGCAGAUUUAUUCAUCCCAGCUCUACAUCCACGCUUAUUUCACCGGUGUAAGGUACUUGCUGUUCAACUUCCCAGUCCUGUCAGCUGUUGUGGGGGUGUUCAGUAAUUUCAUCUUCCUUAGCGUUUUCUUGGUCUUCAGCUACAUUAGGCUGCUGUUAGACAGACCAGAGCAGGCCCAAAUGAAUGCAGCAGUCAGAUUGGGAAAUGGUGACAACAACAAUACACCGACUUGAGACGAUUUUAGCUGUAAGGAGAUUGCUGGUCUGUCCUCAGCAUGAAAAGACAUCUAGUACGCAUCAAUUGAAUGUAGUCGUGUCUUUCUUCUCUGUCACCCUGUCACAUUCUAUAAUCGUUUCCACUUUAUUACUGGAUUUUACUUGGCCUGAACAAAGAAAUUCUGCUGUGCGAAAUUAACAGUAGAGGUGUCUCAGUUACUUGCACCAGUCUGUUUUGCUUUCUUUGAAGAAAAUUUAUGUUAAAUUGGGAAUUUCUGGAGCUGAAGAAAUACAUCUUAUCCACAAAACCGCUUAAUGCAAGAUUUUACUAAAUACGUUUUCACAACAUGUGGUUGUACUUAUGUGUGAAUGCAUUAUAUUUAAAAAAUAAAUGCAACUAAAACUG